AUGGCAGGUAACUACACUGAGCGGUUAUCUCGUGGCGAGAAUGAGGGCAGCCGCAGUCCAGCAAGCCCAAGCCCAAGCAAGUUGUGGACGCAGACGGCGGCACUGACGCGCAAGAACUGGAUCAUCAUCUGGCAGCACAAGUGGUGGAACCUGUUCCGGUGCUUCAUCAUUCCUGUCGCGUACAGCAGCUAUGUGGCGCAGACCAGCAACUUCUACAAGGACACAGGUAAUCGUGGGCCGGGUCAUGUCGCUGUGCUCCCCCAGAUCCCCUCGGACUUGAUGGGAUACAAGCUGGUCACGUAUGACCCGUCGGGAGCGGGCACGCCAGUCCUGCAUGCCGCACUGGCUGCGGCUGGGGUGGAGUCGGUCGUUGAGACAGUUACGAAUGGCGCCGAUGUGUCGCGGACUUGCAGGUCAAACCUUAAUGGGCGGAGCGACUGUUUUGCCGCCGUCUUCUUCGAUGGUGUCAGCCAAAGUACCGGCGAGCUCAACUACACUUUACGGUCCGAUUUUGGACUCGAUGUCGUCGACGUAGACGACUGGUCCAAAGACGACUUUAUGAAACGCCUCCUCCCGCUACAGUGGGCGAUUGACGCAACGUGGAUGAACACAGUCACUGGUCGCGUCCCGUCGCGACCAGACGCGUGGUUGUACACAGCCUUAAACAAUAAGGGGUACGACGAGAAGACGCGCAUCGACUUUCUCAAGGACAUGAGCGGCCCACUCGUCAUCAGUUUUGUCGUCAAUUUUCUCUUCCUCGCCUACCAUCUCCCGGGAUACGUUGCGGCCGAACGCGCAGUAGGCCUCACGGAACUCCUCGAGGCGAUGGGAUGCGGCGCCCUCGCCCGCGUCCUGUCGUGGCACCUGAGCAUCACGGCCAGCCAUCUUCCGUCCUUGAUCGCCAUGGCAGCCCUGUACCGCGGUGUCAUCUUCAAGGGCACCAACAUGGGUUUCUUGAUCGUUGCGUAUAUUGUGAUAGGCAUAAGUAUUGCCAGCUGGACGUUUUUCGUCGCUGUACCCUUCGCAAAGAAACCCACACUUGCUGCUAUCGCCUCGGUGGGAUUUACGUUCAUCGGCGCGAUCGCGGGUAUUCUCGUCGAGUCGCGAGCAGUCGCCCAAGGCGUCCUCACAAUCUUCCUCCCCACCUCUCUCGUCAUCUUCAUCCACCGCAACGCCGCAAGCUGGGAGGUUGAGGAUCGUACCUUUAGCUGGACGAAACAGAGCCCGGCUGGCGACGCAAGCGCACUUCUCCUGGUUCUUUUCGGGGUCAUCAACAUCUUCCUCUGGCCGUUCGUUGCAAUCGUGGCCGAACGCGCAAUCUUUGGUCUACCAAGCACGCAUAGCGACAAGGCGCCUGGCUUGUUCAGCCGCCUCUUUGAGCGUUUCAGGAUCGCAGGCGCGACGCACGCUCAAUCCAUGGAUCCGCUCUUCGCCAUCCACGUAAGCCAUUUGCACAAGAGUUACGACUCGCGCCGCUUCUUCUUCUUCGGCCGCAAGCGCAGGGUCCUCGCCAUCGAGGACUUGAGUUUCAACGUACCUCGGGGAGAGAUCUUCUGUCUCCUCGGUCGCAACGGUGCGGCAAAGUCUACCGCUCUCUCCAUAAUCGCAGGGCUUACCCCCCGCACAUCUGGUGUCGUGCAAUACGCGCCCGACUUGCGUGUCGGUAUUGCGGGGCAGAAGGACGUGUUGUGGGACGACCUCGACUGUGAGCAGCACGCGGCGCUCUGGCGUUCGAUCAAGGGUCUCGACGGGCGCCGCAACCCCGCCCUCGACCUUGACCUCCUCGCGCGAUGUGACCUCACACCCAAGGCUAAGUGUCUCUCCCAGAAGCUGAGUGGGGGACAGAAGCGUAAGCUGCAGCUGGCGUGUGCUCUCGCUGGCGGCUCAAACUUGCUACUGCUCGACGAGAUCUCGAGCGGCCUCGAUCCCCUCUCCCGCCGCGCCAUCUGGAAGGUACUCGCCGACGUGCGCGGGCAUGGCUUGGAGGGUGGCUCACCCGCCACCGUCGUGCUCACCACCCACUUCCUCGACGAGGCAGACUACCUCGGCGACGAGAUUGCCAUCCUCAAAGCUCCGGGUCGCUUGCUCGCCGUCGACUCUCCCGUCGGGCUCAAGACGCGCCUCGGGCACGGCUUUAUCCUGGCUGUCGACGACGCGCGCUCUACUGCACCCCAAACCGCGCUGGAGAUUCUCGACGCGCUCCGUGUCCACGACCCCAACAUCAAUAUGCAUGCAACCAAGGGCCGCCACUUGUACACAACUGGAAGCGACGACGUCAAUAAUGUGCGCACCCUCGCCCGUGUCCUGGCACAGAAGCGUGCCCGUGACCCACACAUGCGGUACACUGUUGGGUCGACGACGCUAGAAGACGUGUUCAUCGACCUGAACCGCGCAGCUGGUGACGAGGACGAGUCCUCGCGGCCCUUGCCCGCAUUCUCGCAUGACGCCAGCAGCGCGCCGUCUGAGACCGACAAGGCUGGGGACAUUGAGAUGCAGGUAUCGCAAGCCAAUGUCGGCGGACAGCUGUCCCUCACCCCAGGUGGACGACGGGCAUGGUGGCGCGUCGGUGCCGAGAUGGCGGCUAGCGUCGUACACAAGCGACUGUGGAUUCUGCGCCGCGCGUGGCUUAUCCCCGUCGCCGCUGUUGUGGCCAUCACGCUCGGCGCCACUGUGCCGAUGGUGUUCAUGAAAGGGAAAGCACCAACGUGCGAGCCGAUCACAAAGACGGAAGAGGGCCUGCGCUUACUCACAUACCCGUUCUCGAUGUUUGCGAUGGACCCGCGAAUCGCCAAGCCUCUCUACGCGCCGGGUGACACGCAACUCGGCAACUGGUCGUCGACACCCGGCUUGAAUCUCCGCACGGUCGACAGCCGUGGCGCGCUCGAAUCGACGAUUCGCAACAACAUUCUAAACGAGACAUUUGGGGGUAUCGCACUUGGGCCCGGCCUAGUCGCGUACGAAGGUGAUCCGCAAGGGCACAUCCUCCAGGUCAAGGGACUGAGCGCGCUCAACCUCUAUUCCAACGCCAUGUUCCAGGAGCUGGCGCCCGGUGCACCGUUCCGCAUCCGCGUGAGUUACGAGGUGUUGCCUUUCCCCGACUUCAGCCCGACAGGCAAGGCGCUCCUGUGGAUCGUGUUCUUCGGGAUGGUCAUGGCCAUCUGGCCGGCGUUCGCGUCCAUCUACCCAGCGACGGAAAAGCGCAGCGGAGUCCGCAUCAACCAGUACUCGAACGGUGCCCGACCUGCUGCGGUGUGGGCCGGGCACCUCGCCUUUGAGUUGCCGGGUAUCUUCAUCGUCGCGACGCUCAUAACCAUUGCCUGUGCCGGUGCUGGCCAGUUCACUGGCCUCGGUCAGUUCUGGGUCUGCCUCGUGCUGUACGGUAUCAGCGCGACGUGCUACGCCUUCCUCUUCAGCCUAUUCUUCAAGACGAGCUUUGGCGCGUGGGCAGCUAUUGCUGUCAUCAACGGCGUCAUCUUCCUCUUCUAUGUGGUGUUGUACCAGGUCAUCGCGAUGGCGGAUAAGACUGGGAGCGCGGACCACAACAUGGCUGUCGGCCACUUUGGCUACGCGGUGCUGCAUCCCGUCGCGAGCGUUGUUCGCGCGGCAUUUGUGAGCGUCAACAUCUUCAACCUCCGCUGUGACGGCCACGGUGGGCCGACAACAAAGGACCUGAGCGACAUGACCCUCUUCGGCGGGCCUAUCGUGUACAUGAUCGGGCAGGGGGCCAUCGCAUUCGCCCUCCUUGUCUGGGUCGACUCGGGGUACCCGAUCCCACACUGGGCCCGACGCACAGGCAAGAUCAAGGGCGCCGAUCCUACCCGUUCACCCGACGUGCUCGCCGAGGCUGCACGCGCGGCAAGCUCGGAUGACGCGCUCGUCGUCAACCGCCUUACGAAACAGUUUGAGAAGAAGGUCAAGCCGAGCGUCGACGACGUGACAUUCGGAGUGGCGCAGGGCGACACGUUCGCCCUCAUCGGCCCCAACGGCGCCGGCAAGACGACGACCCUCGGUGUUGUACGUGGGGUCGAGCGGCCCACGCGCGGCGACGUGCGCGUCACGGGCUACUCGAUUGUGAGGGACCGCAACCGCGCGCGCGAGGCGCUCGGCGUAUGCCCACAGCACUCGGCUAUUGACGCGCAUCUCACGGUACACCAGCACCUGUGGCUGUACGGCCGGCUCAAGGGCGUGCUGCGCUCGGCGCUAACGCGGGACGUCGACACGCUCCUCGCCGUUUCGGGGCUUACAGUCAAGUCGGGCGAGUUGGCAAGUUCACUCAGUGGUGGCAACCAGCGCAAGUUGAGCCUUGCAUGCGCCCUUAUUGGUGAUCGUCCCGUUAUCCUCAUUGACGAGUUCUCGUCUGGUGUCGACCCGUUCAGCAAGCGCGAGGCGUGGCGUACUCUCGAGACCCUCACGCGCGAGCGUGCAGUGGUAAUGACGACACACAGCAUGGAGGAAGUGGACGCGCUCUCGAAUCGUGUUGGCAUCAUCGCCUCCAAGCUCCUCGCUGUCGGAACUCCCGCGUCCCUCAAGUCGCGCUUCGCGACGUACGAGGUGCACGUUCGCGCGGAUGAGGUGCAGCCCCUCGUCGCCUACCUCUGCGAGAGCGGGUUUGACUCGGCUCAUGUCGCGACUGACACGCUUACUCGUAUCUCGGUUCCUGGUGUACGCGAGGACCAACUGGACGCGCUUCUCGGCGCGCUCCGGGCCGCGGAACGCGACCUCGCCCUGUGCGAGAUGACGUUGCACGAAGCCUCAACAGAGGCAGCUUUCCUUGCCAUUGUGCGCGAGAACAAUGUCAAGGAGGAGAAAACGGAGGAUGAGCCCAAGAAGAUCAAGUGGUGGCAGCGUAAGAAGGGUGAGGAUCGUGUGUAA